UCUCAUUUCAUUAUCAACCAUGAAUAUGUUUGUACUAAACACACAACAAUCCAAUUUUAUUUUUCUUCUUCUUGUAUCUGUUGCACUAUUUUCAUAUUCAGUUCAACCCAUGAGAUUUGAAUUUGAUUUAGCACAUGAUAAAGUAGGAAGAUGCUUCUCCGAAGAGAUAGAAAAGAUCAAUUCAAUGGUAAUCGGCAACUACUCAAUCGUGAAUUCCAACAAGGAUAAACCAUUACCCCCAAACUACACUAUGAAUGUUCAGGUUUAUCCACCCCAAGGUACUGUCGCGUAUCAUGUUGCAGAGCGUGUUCAAGCUGGACAGUUUGCAUUUACGGCAUACCAAAAAGGUCGGUAUGCAAUAUGUUUUAUGGAUACAAGUGUUGAUCGCGAAGUAACAUUCCGUGUUGAUUUUGAGUGGAAAACUGGAGUUCCAACGGCAUCAGGUCACCACAAGAUUGCAAAGAAAAGUGAUCUUGAUUGGCUAGCAUUGGAGGUACAAACUAUGCAUGAUACUGCCUUGGCCAUUAAAGAGGAGAUGACUUAUCUUCUUGAACGAAAUACAGAAAUGAUUCAACUCAAUUGGAUAACUGAUAAUCGACUAUUUCUGUUGAAUUUUGUUUCAUUUUUUGUAUGUUUAUUGGUAGCAGGAUUACAAGUAUGGCAUUUGAAGACCUUUUUUGAGAAAAAGAAAAUCAUAUAAGUUUUUGUGUUAUUGCUUAAUUAUACAACUUAGUUUUCCUAUGUGUUGUGCAAAAUAAACUUAUGUCAAUUUAUAGGGUACACAUGAAACAACUUGUAUUAG